GGUUGUUCGGAGGACACGCCCACUAACAUACCGCGUGUUAUUGUUUGCAUUCGGGUGUUUGUCAUCUUUAGCUAACUAGCUAGCUUAAUUACAUUAAAUAUGAAUGUUAUCUAGUCACACCAACGUUAGAAUAGGUCAUAAACUGCAUGCAACAAACAGUUUCGACUGUGGAAAGAAGAGCAUUGCCAUGCCAAUCUAGCUAGCUAGCUAGCUAACUGACUAGCUCACUUUAGCGAUUAAAACGUACUGUACGGUCUAUGAAAAUGACGACCACCAACAUGAUGGACAUGUUUGAGGAAGGGAAAGUUCUGAAAAUCUGUGCUCCUAUGGUCCGGUAUUCAAAGUUGGCAUUCAGGUCACUGGUGAGGAAAUUUGACUGUGACAUUUGCUUCACUCCAAUGAUAGUUGCUCCUGAUUUUAUGCGUUCUGUCAAAGCCAGAGACAGUGAAUUUACAACUAAUGAAGCUGACCGUCCUCUGAUUGUGCAGUUUGCUGCUAGUGAUGCCCAGACCCUGGCUGAUGCAGCCUGUGUGGUCGCACCCUUCUCUGAUGGAGUGGACCUCAACUGUGGCUGUCCCCAGCGGUGGGCCAUGUCAGAUGGCUACGGGGCAUGCCUUAUCAACAAACCUGAGCUGGUCAAAGACAUGGUUCGACAUGUCAGGAACCAAGUGGACAAUCCUAACUACACAGCCUCCAUCAAAAUACGAAUUCACAAGGACCUGCGACGUACGGUGGACCUGUGUCAGAAGGCAGAGGCGGCAGGGGUGUCCUGGAUAACGGUCCAUGGUCGAACCGCAGAGGAGCGCCACCAGCCGGUCCACUUUGACGCCAUCAAGACCAUCAAGGACAGCCUGUCAGUCCCUGUCGUCGCCAACGGAGACAUAAAGACCCUCCGAGAUGUGGAGACCACUCACCAGCUCACUGGAGUUGAUGGUGUGAUGGCAGCCCGGGGGCUGUUGUCCAACCCGGCCAUGUUCGCUGGCUACAACGAGACCCCUCUUGAGUGUGUGUGGGACUGGGUGGACCUCGCCACGAACCAGGGGACCCCCUUCACCUGCUUCCACCAGCACCUCAUUUACAUGCUGGAGAGGGUCAGCUCCCAGCCCGAGAGGAAGGUGUUCAACUCCCUGCAAAGCACCGCCGCAGUCAUAGACUACCUCCACAACACAUAUGGAUCCCCAGACACACAGACAGUAGGCCUAACUGUAUUUUUAGAGAUGACUUUGCAAUGGACUGCAGUUGCCCUCUUCCUCUAUGUGGAAAUAGGUGUACUCCUUAUCCUCUGUCUACCCUUCAUCUCAGCCACCAGAUGGCAGUGUAUCUUCCAGCUGAGAAUAUGGAACAAAAUGGCCAGGUUUUGGAAUAAAUUCUUCCUUGCCAUGAUCAUAAUCCUUAUAGUCCUCUUCCUUGAUGCUUUGCGUGAGGUGAGGAAGUAUUCGGGCGUGGGAAACGGCAAGGAAGCUAAUCUGCAUCCCAACAUGUUUGACCACCUCCACAUGAAGCUGUUCAGAGCCCAGAGGAACCUCUACAUCUCUGGCUUUACCCUCUUCCUCUGGCUAGUUCUGAGGCGGGUGAUCACUCUGAUCAACCAGCUGGCGACGGAGUCUGGCACCACAGCCUCUCUGCAGAUCAAGGCAGAGUGUGCCAACCAAACUGCCAAGAAAUACAUGGAGGACAAUGAGCUACUGAAACAGACUCUGAUGUAUGGGAAGGGGGACAAGGCCACAGCGGAGGGAAACGAGCUGCUGAGGUCAGAGGUGGAGAAACUGAGAGGAGAACUGAAAGGCUCAGAGGAAUCCUUGGAAAAGUCCCAAUCCGAGAUGGAAGCUAUGAAGAAACAAUCCGAUGGACUGACCAAAGAAUACGACCGACUGCUGAAAGAACACCAGGAUCUUCAAGAGAGUGGAGAUAAAAAGGAUGAUUGAUCGGGCUUAUGACUACAACGGUCAGAAUGUUUACAGAUCGAACCAAGAAACCAGAAAUACUGUCAGGCACGCUGUCACUUUCCUUUGACAUACUGAAGCACUGUGCAUGAUGUCACCAAAAUACUCCUCCAAGGCCUCACUGAGCCGCCAAACCUCAGAUAAAAGGCACCUGAGCACGUUUGUAAUAGAAUAGCUACUAGACCAGCCUAGAAAUAGUGUUUCUAUAACUCGCUGACUUUUGGAGAACGGAUGGCAGUACAAGCUUCAGAUUACAGUGGUCGUCUACUGUGAAUAUAUUUUUGAUGUAAUGGGCUUGCUAUGUAGUUUUUUCCCCCUGUAUAUCGCAAGAGCACCACCAUUGCAUUCAUCCUUCUUUUAUUUAUUUUUACCUUAGCAGCAAUGCAUAUUACAGAUUGAGUUGUAUGUGUUUUGUAAAACAAAAUUAGGAUUGAGUUCAUAGGGGUAGAGAAGCUAUAUUGAGUCAUUUUUGUUGUUGAAUAUUUGAUAUCAAUGUUCUUCAUUCCUCUUAGAUGUGGAGGGUUUGUGAAUAUUACACAGGGUCACGGUCAUGAUUUUCUGUUUUGUAAUAAGGAUAGUGAAAUGGAAAAGUCUGGGGAAAUGCAUCUUUCCUCUUCUCACCCUGACUCCCUGUAUUGACUGUCGUAGCCCAGGGUUUGGGUUGGGUAGACUGGGUCAGCACUUGAAGUGGGAUUGAUAAGCGACCAACAAAUCUUCCUCUAGCCUCCAUCCCCUAUCUCUUAUAGGGCCCCAGUACUGUACUGUACUGUACAUCCCCCAGUACUGUACAUUACAUUCCAAAACUUGCGAACAGUAGCAUCGCUGAGAGAAUAAGUGCCUUUCAGAUGAUUGUAGAUAUAUUUUAAAGUACAAAAAUCUGGUUGGAAAGUUGUUUUCAAUAUUUCAGUAUGGCUCAUUAUUAAAGUUGUUUUUGCGGCUAAA